CCCAAAAUAGCUAUCCUAUAUCAAACUCCUUAUUGGUACUUAAAACCGUAGCAUUAUAAUGUAUAAUACAGUACUUGUUUUUUAAAAUAUGAAUUGUCUAGAUCAGUUGAUUUUUCUUGCUUUCUGUGAAUAUAAGCUCAGAAAAGCAGAAAGUUUCCAAAUGGACAAAUAUUUUAGAGGACCAUUGCACUUGGCUAUGACUCCUUGUACUCUUUCCAGUCAAUGUCAUGGGUUAAAAUUAGAAUCUGGCUGCUGUGACAUUUUGCUCUGUCAGAAUUGGCAGGAAGGAUUUAAAUGGGUUAAGCAAAGCAAUCAAGAUUCAUGACAGAACUCUCACUGCACAGAAGUCUCUGGGCCAUGGAAAACCAUCGGCAGCUUCAAAUGUUUCUCCUGGAUGUCAAUUAAAAAUCCAGAAAUUGAAGGCAUUUUGCAAUCUAUUGUGGGUUUCCUGUUUUGCCCAUGACACUCCUGGAUAUCAUGCCGAAAAAUGAAAGUGGGUGUUGGGUUUGAAUGCAGAAGAGCUAUGACUGAAACAACUAUUUCUGUUGGCACAUUUAUGGCUAUUAAAGCCCUGUGGGAAGUCAGAAUCCAGAAAAUCACUGAAGAGCUUCGGAAGGAAAAAGAGUUCAGCCAGAAGGCUGCAGGGAGACUGACAAUUGUUUGGGAAGAGAGGGCCAGUUUGGCCAAGCUGAAAAGCAAAGUAAUAAUUGAAGAUGGAAGGGCUGUUUUAAGGAUUGAACAGGAGGAAUGGCAGACUCUACCUUCUUGCUUACUGAAACUGAAUUACCUGCAGGAAUGGCAGCUUCACAGAACUAAUUUAAUCAAAAUCCCUCACUAUAUUGGUUGCUUUCAAAAUCUCAUUGUCCUAGAUCUCUCUCGAAAUUCCAUUGCAGAGAUUCCUAGGGAGAUUGGUCAAUUGUCAAAUCUUCAGGAGUUGAUCCUCAGUUACAAUAAAAUUAAAUCCGUUCCUAAAGAAGUAGGCAACUGUGUUGGCUUAGAAAGAUUGGAGCUUGCCGUAAAUAGAGGUAUCUGUGACCUUCCCCAUCAGCUGAGCAACCUGAAGAAGCUUUCUCACCUAGAUCUGAGCAUGAAUGGGUUCACUACCUUCCCACCAGUCACCCUAGACAUGCCAAACUUGGAGUGGCUAGACAUGGCAAGCAACAGGUUGAAAGAAAUCCCUGGCAAUCUUGACAAAGCAGAAAAUUUACAUACUUUGUGGCUCCAAAGGAAUGAAAUAACAUAUUUGCCUGAAUCCAUUUGUAAUCUCAAAAAUAUGAGCACCCUUGUUCUCACUGGCAACAAACUGCAAGAUAUUCCUGUUUUCUUGAAGGACAUGCCAAACCUAAGAUUUGUCAACUUCAGAGAUAACCCACUGAAGCUGCAAGUGACACUUCCUCCUUGUGAGAAUGCUGAAGAGGAAGAGGAACAGGAACUCUAUGGAAUUGAGUUCAUGCAGUUAUAUAUUCAGAAGUCACUCGACAGUGAAGGAAAUAUGGAAAGUGAUAUUCCAGGUGCUGCUGCUGCCACUGACUGAAGAACAAAAAUAACACCAAGCUAAUAUGGUAACUAUUACACUUUUUUUGGAGCACAGAGAAAAUGAUAUGCAGCCAGAUCUGUUGUAAUAAAUAUCUUGAGCUAUCCACUCAUUGGUCCAUUUUUUUCUGAUCUCAAAGGACACUGUAAACUAUCCCCAGUUUGUUAAGCACAAUUCUGGACAUUACAAAUCUGCAAAAGUUCUGGAGGCAGUGAAGCUUCUGGAAGGCCUUUUCCAGCUUUUAAGCAGUUGUGGAAGAUAAUGAAGAUGGAGAUGGAACAGCUGUCAGGAGAACAUUUUCUAAUGACACACUUGAGUCCGUAUAGUGUUGCAACACAGCUUCAUACCCUCUCUGCUCUAAGUAUUUAAUCCGACCAUGAUCAAUCAACAGUUUGCAAAGGUGACCUAUCUGUUUUCGUUCAUCAGUGGUCAGCAGCCUAAAACCAAAAAGGAAAAAAGAACACUUUAGAAAAUACUAUCACUAACUUUGGGGCACUCUAUUUCAAGCUUGUUUUUUUCCCCCCAACUUAAAAUCAAGGAAUUAUUGUAUUGUACUAAUCUAUUGUAACAUAAAUGUUAAUUAAGUAAAGACUAGUCCAAUUUUAAAUUUUGUAAUUGCAUUAAAUGAUAAAAUAUAUUUUGGCAGUAAAAAUAUUUAAUAUAAUAUAUUUCUUUUGGAAACCUAUUGUUGUAGAGAGUAAGGAAGAUGACCUUGAUGGAAAUAUGCAAGAACAGUUACCUCGGCAAAAGGGGCUAAAACAUUUUUUAAGUCCAGAACAAUGAGAUAACAUUUGGAAGUGGCUCAGGCAAAUGCCUCCCUAAUUCACUGGAGUAUCAGAAGGUAAGGGAGGUACAGCACAAUCAGACUUGCGAUAGUCUGUUAUUAUAAUAAAUCUCAAUAAAAGUAGUUUUAGUCUU